CCCCUGCCCUCCGCCCUGCUGUCUGUGUGUGUGAGGUAGCCUGUAGGUAACAGAGCGCUCGCGCAGUCGGAAGUUUGUGUUGGAGAUGGGCUGAAAGUCUGAGAGAAAUCCACCAAGGCGAGGACGUGGAGUGGCUUUUCCCAGGAUUUAUAAACUCAUGUGAUGCUCAGACCCAGCUAUGCCUUACGUGGAUCGGCAGAACCGUAUCUGUGGCUUCCUGGACAUCGAGGAAAAUGAGAACAGCGGCAAGUUCCUGCGCCGCUACUUCAUCCUGGACACACUGGAGGGUAGUCUGGUGUGGUACAUGGACAACCCACAGAACCUUCCAGAAGGAACUCAGUGUGUUGGCUCUAUGAAGCUUACGUACAUCUCUAAGGUUAGCGAUGCAACCAAGCUUCGACCCAAGGCAGAGUUCUGCUUCGUUAUCAACGCCGGAAUGAGGAAGUUCUACCUGCAGGCCAAUGACAAGCAGGACCUGGUGGAAUGGGUCACCGUGCUCAACAACGCCACCAAAAUCACGGUCCCAAAGUCAGGAGAUCCGAGCGGGCAGAACCAAGCGGAGGCGUGCGUGGAGGUCCUGGGUGCCAUGAAGCAGGUCUCCUAUAAGACCGAGAUCAUCGGAGGAGUUCCCAUCAUCACCACCACACAGGAGAAGGGUGAAGGGCAAAACGGGGCAGAGAAAGGGGCACUGAGGAAGCCUCAUGGCCAGGUGCCCUACUACCUGAGCCGAGCCAACCAGGAUCAGUCGGUGGUGAAGGCUGGCUUCUGUGUUAAACAGGGAGCAGUGAUGAAAAACUGGAAAAGACGAUACUUCAUGCUGGACGACAACACCAUCAGCUAUUUUAAAUCAGAUCUGGAGAGAGAGCCACUCCGGGUUAUUCCCCUGAAGGAGGUUACUAAAGUCCAGGAGUGUAAGCAAAGUGAUUUGCUGAUGAGGGAUAACCUCUUUGAGCUCGUCACUACCUCACGAACGUUCUAUAUUCAGACGGACAGUCCAGAGGAGAUGCACAACUGGAUCAAGGCUAUCUCCGGAGCGAUCGUAGCCCAGCGAGGCCCCGGCCGCUCUGCUGCUUCAAUGCGUCAGGCCAGAAGGUUCUCAAACCCUUGUAUUCAGAGGUAUACGUCCCGCAGUGGCGAACGCAGCACGAGCGCCGGGAAUCCCCCUCCAUCUUUUACUGCAGUGAACAAGGCCCCCCAGUCCCUCGCUCACCCAUCUCCACCGAACUCCACUUCCCAGAAUGCCAAUUCCCCACGGGCCAUCAGCAUGGCGUGGGACGAGCCGGAUCUCAGCGGCCUCCUGCGGGGCAACCCACGCACCCGACUGUCACUUCAGGAGUCUCCCCGGCUGUUUUUCAAGUAAGCAGCAGCGACCCGGUCUCGCCCUGGGAGCGGAGGAACAGUGCAGAGAUUUGCCCUCCUGCUGUUAUUGACUCUGACGAUCUGCAUAUUACACAGGUGUAAAGACCUGUGGUGGUCCAAACAGUAACGAAAAUAAACACAGACACACACCCACACUGACACGAGACACAGCACAGACUGACCAGUAUUGCUGAAAUGACCACUGGUUCGGACGUGCAGUACAAAACAAAGCAAUCGAGAAGUGCUAUAGACCAGAGAGAGGACCUAGCACAUCACAGUGGAUUACGGGAUUCUUGGAUUAGUUCUCCUUUCCAUGAGCCUCCACUUGAAGGUUGUGGCUAACCACCAGUCUGCUAGUGAUUGAAAUGAGAGUUGGGAACUUCUUGGUUUUCCUUUUAAGCACAAACUCCUUAUCCAGUCCAAAUGAAUCCGUUUCAGGACUGGACUGUAUCAGAUUUACUACCCAGAUUUAUCUUUUUUUUCUCUCUCUCUCUCCUCUUCACCUUCUUUUCCAUGGGGUACAGUUUGGUUUGUCGCGAUGUUUUAUCGUUCCUAAAUCAGUGUAUCGAAGUUCUUUCUGCUGAACUGAAUGGAGCACUAUUUUCUGCUUUGCUUCAGUUAUUUUAUUCGUGUUGUGUGUUUUGUUUUGUUUUUUUAAUUAAUUUUUUAGAAAGUUCUGUGUGGGCUUUUCAUUUUUUGGGCAAACCAAAGCUUAAACAAGAUAAUACCACUACCUAUAAGAUAGAAUUAUUUUGGAGAAGACAUAAUCGUUAUUAUAUUUGAAGAUCUAUAUAUAUAUAUGUAUAUAUAUAUAUACACACACACACACACACUGACCGUAACUAUAGAGUUUAUUUUAGAGCAGAACUUUGUCAGAAAGUCAAAAGGUAAACACAUAUUUGUUGUCAGGUUGACCAGAAAACAUCAGGUCUGUCGGAUACACAUCUGCGUCCAGUACACACACACACACACAGCCACGUGGUUACCUUGGUAACACACUCCUACACUUGUUUUAAGGGUGCUGGGAAACGUCGUUGUUUCUUCACUGUAAAGAAUCACAGUGCUGGUGAGAGAUACUUCUGAAAGGAAUCUCAGACCUUCCGAUUUUCAGAGCAGCACAUUUUAACGUCGGAAUACGCUACUAGGAUUCAUCACUCGAAUAUACACCAGGCUUCUUUUUAUUUCUUUAACUGAAAACAUGAGCUAAAUAUGGAAUGAUUGACGUGUUUUGAACGCUCCGAUAGUAACAGACCUCUUGGUAGCUCCGCCCCCCCCAUCCCUUAUCCCACCUCGAGUAAUAACGUUUCGGCCCGUCUCUCACCGUGACUCGAUUUUCCCGCUUGAACGAUGUAAAGUUCGUUAAUGUGAAAUGUUUGACUUAAUUUUAUACAUGUCUAAUGUUAACUAAUAUUUGUUUUGGGGCAGAGGGGAAGCACCUGCUGAUCCCCAAACAAUCCAGUUAUCCUGGUGGUUAAAGGUCAGGGGGUCAGAAGGUCUGGAAUGUUGGAGAGCCAACUGUAAGAAGCCUUUUUUCCUUAUGUUUGACAAUGACAUCAUGCUGAACACGGUGCUCUUGACGUUCCGAAAUGAUGGACUACUUACCCUGAAAAUAUGCUAAUGAUGAACGCAAGCUGUCAUAUACUGCUUAGCAUAUUGUGAAUGAAACCACACUAACAGCACACUAACGUUAGUCAUUGUUUUGAUGCCGUAUUCGCUGUUGUUGUUGUUGUUGUUGUUGUUGUUGUUUUUUUUAAUAACCUCUCUGACUUGCCCAAUACCAACCGUUCUGACUUACUUUCAUUGUCCUGUGAGGAUUAUUCUUGUAAAAAAAAAAAAAAAAAAAUUUGUUACCCGAUGUUGUACGGUGGAAACGUGACUCCUGGGACGGCGCUUCUAUCGCUCUACGUCAGGGUCAUGUGUCAACUCGUUCACUCGUAAACCGCGUUGCACAAGCCAUCUGAAGUGCCUGCGUACCUUUCCUUAUGACAACAAGCUCAUUCUGAUUUCACCACUUGUGUACCUGACAUAUUUGUAAAUCGUGUGCAUUUAUUUAUUAUGUGAAAGAGUUUGAAGAUUAAAACUGACCAAUUUUAA